GAUAAAUUAUGUAACUCCUAAUCUAAAACACUAAUGACAUUCAAAGGAGACCCCUUGUGAGUUUCACAAUCAAACAAGUGUGUUGUGCUUCACUGUCUCCCUCAUUGGCUGGGAACACCAGCUGUGUGUCUAGGUCUAAAAGCAUGGCAUACACAGAUGUACGAGAGCAUAGUCGGAAUGGAAAGGCCUGCCUAGAGCAGAGUGACCAAUGCCAGCCUCUUUCUCCCUGGUCUGAGUUUGGACCUCUGCUUGGGUGUAAUAUUGGGCCACUGACAGGCUGAAAGUGGAUAGCAAUUCAGUGAGUUUGACAGUUUACAUAUCAGAAAAGCUCCUUGAAAUCCAUGCCCAGAAUGAUUCCUUCCAUGUGUUUACAUCUCCAUCUGCUGGACAUUUUUGUAUAUCACUAAAAGUAGUACAUUUAAUCAGUUUUAAUAGCAACACUGAAGUCUAAAUGACAUGUAUGUCAUACAUGUGUCCUAUUUUCCAAUAAAAUAAUGAAGACAUGAUUUAAUCAUAUUUACUGAAAUUGCAUAGCUGGCUAAUGUACUCUGCCCUAAACUAUGAGUGAUUGUUAGCUUUUUUUGUAAACUCAAUUUGAUACAUAAUUGCAACACUAUAACCUUGGUCUUCUUUACAAACUGCAAAAAAAUCCUCAGUGGUUUCCUCCUUUCUUGCGCAGGCGCAACCUUUCACGGCAAAGCGAACCAAGAUGGCGGCUGUUGUUGAAAAUGUUGUAAAACUGCUGGGAGAGCAGUGCUAUAGAGAUGCCAUGGAGCAYUGCCAUAACUACAACGCCCGGCUAUGUGCUGAGAGGAGUGUUCGAAUGCCCUUCCUGGACUCUCAGACUGGAGUGGCGCAGAGCAACUGUUACAUUUGGAUGGAGAAGAGACACAGGGGACCAGGAGUGGCCCCAGGACAGCUGUACACCUACCCAUCCCGCAGGUGGAGGAAGAAACGACGAGCCCUCCCCCCAGAGGAUCCUCGGCUGGUCUUACCCCCUCUAAAGUCAGAACUGGACUUGGGUUUUAAGAAGGAUGCCCUGUCAUCAUCUGAUGGCAGCAGUCUGGAAGCCCUGCUGAAGGGGGAACCCCUGGACAAACGGGGUCUUCCGGAGCUUCAUGGGACAGAAGAGGAGUCCAGUCUGGCAGACUACACUUGUGGGGGAGUCACCCCUGCAGCACGUGUCAGAAAGAGAGUCCUGGAGGCAGAUGACUUCCUGGAUGACUUGGAGGAUGAGGACUAUGAGGAGGACACCCCCAAAAGAAGAGGKAAAGGAAAGGGAAAGGGUCGUGGAGUGAGCAGUGCCAAGAAGAAGCUGGAUGCUGCGGCGGCUGCACUGGAGGACAAGGACAAGCCUUACUCCUGUGACAACACUUUCAAACAAAAGCAUAUUUCACAACCUUCUGGACGAGUCUGUGGGAAGCGUUACAAGAACCGUCCGGGCCUGAGCUACCACUACGCCCACUCCCACCUGGCUGAGGAGGAGGMAGGGGACAAGGAGGAGCCUGAGGUCCACACACCCACCCCGCCCCAGCCUGAGGAGCCCAAGACACCCAAGAAAGGUCCAGACGGUUUGGCGAUACCCAAUAACUACUGUGACUUCUGCCUGGGAGACUCUGCCCUCAACCAGAAGACGGGCCAGUCAGAGGAGCUGCAGUCCUGCUCAGACUGUGGACGUUCAGGCCACCCGUCCUGCCUGCAGUUCACCCCUGUGAUGAUGGCUGCAGUGAAGACCUACCGCUGGCAGUGCAUCGAGUGCAAGUGCUGCAACAUCUGUGGCACCUCAGAGAACGACGACCAGCUUCUCUUCUGUGAUGACUGUGAUAGAGGCUAUCACAUGUACUGUCUCAGCCCUGCUAUGGCUGAACCUCCAGAAGGGAGCUGGAGCUGCCAUCUGUGUCUGGACCUGUUGAAAGACAAGGCGUCCAUAUACCAGACACCUAAUGCCCCUCCGUCGUGAUGGACCCCCACCCUCUCACAGGUUCUCCAUCACUGGUCAGCAGAGAGGAGUUAGUGGGACAGAUUACUUGUGAAAAGGGAAGCAUACCUCACCAACCUCCCUUCUGAAACAGGCCUCGGGGAAGCAUACCUCACCAACCCCCCUUCUGAAACAGGCCCUCGGGGAAGCAUACCUUACCAACCCCCCUUCUGAAACAGGCCUCGGGGAAGCAUACCUCACCAACACCCCUUCUGAAACAGGCCUCGGGGAAGCAUACCUUACCAGCCCCUUGCUGAAAAAGGCCUCGGUUUGGAAGGGAACACCUUACCAGCCCCGUGCUGAAACAGGUCUUGGUUUGGUUCUUAUAUGGCUGUUACACAGUUCCAAGCUCAAGUGACCCAUAGGCUUUUGUUUUCAACUAUUUGUCAAUAUAUCAAACUCAAUGUGUCAAUAUCCUGAACUUGACAAUACAUGAAGUUUGUUUGAGUGGCUUAAACCACAAACUGCUUUUGCCAGCCAAAAUACCUGAACACAGUCUCACAUACAGUUCAUGCACACGACUGCUCAGAUCCUACUUUUAUUCGGCAAAAUAUCAGUUUUGCAUGUAGAGGAGAGAAAUUGUUUGAGUCAAUUAGCAUGCCAAUGCUUGUUCAUAAUAAGAACAUGUUCAAAGGUUUUGUAUAUUUAUAUAUUUGUAUAGAAUAUAAAGGUGGGAAUUAUUUAAAAGCUGCCCUCUGUUCAGCCAUUACAUUCCUUGACAUUCAAAAAGACUGGAGUGGCAAGGAGUGGAAUGCUAGCUAAAAAGACUGGUAGUCAGACUACCUGAUGUGGAGACAAUAUUGAGAGUUAGGAAGCAUUGGGCGUUAAGAGGGCCUUACUAUUACAUCAAUCUCUAUCUCGGUGAGAGAAAGAGGACUUUGGCGUAACAAUUWMUAUUUWUUUUUUUAAGGAAUUAAAGAUUGGGUGUUUGCUGCUGUUGAGGAAAGAGUCAGAAUGGAUGCUGGUUUGUGUGGUGAUUGAGUGAUUUUAGUGUAUCCUAUGUCCACAAUCAGCCUUUUACCAAAAAUAGUUACCUAAUCCAUUGGUAGACAACACUGAUCCUGGAGAGCAGUUUGACAUUUUACUGCUAGCAACGUAAGUAUUUCGCUGCACCCGCUAUAACAUCUACCAAACUGUGUAUGCAACCAAUAAACGUUGAUUUGCAGCAGUCCUAAUCUSGACCCCUUUUUGACUCCUUGUUAUGUGUUGGGAGAUAAUUUAAAAACAGACAACUACCAAGCACAGGACUUUGUGUUUACCUGCCCAUAUCAGCUCUGAAGUCUCAUCCCACCCUGCUCUAACCUGCUCCACUGUCUCAUAUCGCAGACUGUCAUGCUCUAUGAUUCCCUUCAUUUAUAGCCAGAGGAGCCAUU